GAUCUGAAGGAAUUUCUCCCUUUCUUUCUUCUUGCUUCCUUCCUUUCGUCGUGUGCUAAGUCUCUAACCGCUCAGCUUCACCUUUACUCUCCCUCGCUUUCUGUGCUCUGAUAAACAAUUACACGCGCACAUUUUCUCCGUCUCCCUCUUCCUCUUCCUCUCGCUCUCUGCAUCUCUCUUGUUUAUCAUUCGGAGAGUCCAAUCGAUCCAAUAAGAGGGAUGGCAAUGCAGACAGCAAGUCCAGCUCAUGCUCCCAGUGCUCAAGUGGUUGGAAAUGCCUUUGUGGAGCAGUAUUACCUCAUUCUUCAUCACUCGCCAGAGUUAGUUUACAGAUUUUAUCAGGAUUCUAGCGUGUUCAGCAGGCCAGAACCAAAUGGUACAAUGUCAUCGGUCACAACAAUGCAGGCCAUCAAUGACAAGGUCCUCUCCUUGGAUUACAAGGACUAUAAGGCAGAGAUAGAGACGGUAGAUGCACAAGACUCCUACAAGGACGGUGUGAUUGUCCUGGUAACGGGGUGUCUUACUGGGAAGGAUAAUGUGAGAAAGAAGUUCACCCAAUUGUUCUUUCUAGCUCCACAAGAAAAGGGUUAUUUUGUUCUGAAUGAUGUAUUUAGGUUUGUUGAUCAAAAUGAAGCACAGGCGAUCAACCCUGUGUCUGUUAAUGAUGUUGGUGUAGGUGCUUCAGCAUCAUCCUUGACACAGGAACCAGAACCCACUCAUGUUCCUGAUCGUCCUGUGCUGUACCCUACAACUUCUCACACAGAAGAGGAUCUCAAUAAUGGUAAGGAGGUUUGUAAUUCAUCUGGCAAUGAGGAAGGAUCAGAUGUUGAAGUAGAGAUUAUGGUUGAGGCACCAGAACAUUCAAGUCAGAAUGAAGCUGGUCCACCACCUGAAUCAAYUCCUACAGUCCCAGAGGAUGCUCCUAAGAAGUCUUAUGCAUCAAUUGUAAAGUUUACAAAGGGAAGUACUGCAUCUACCACAAUGGUUUAUGUAGCUACUAAUAGUGUAAGGGAAGCACCCGCAAACACUGAUCAACAGUCGUAUGGGUCUGCAGCACCUGCUCUAGAUCCUGAAGCAUCAGCUCCUAGUGUCAAUGUAGCUUCUGAUAGUAGCAAUGCUCCCGAGGAAGUUGAAGGUCACUCAAUUUAUAUCCGGAGCUUGCCUUUGAAUGCCAUGCCUGAACAACUGGAGGAGGUGUUCAAAAAAUUUGGGCCAAUUAAGCCAAAUGGUAUCCAAGUUAGAAGUAAUAAGAACCAAGGAUUCUGUUUUGGUUUUGUUGAAUUUGAGCUGUUGAGUUCCAUGCAGAGUGCAAUUGAGUUUAAAGCGGGUUGGACCGGGUCCAAGAACAGCUCCAGGAGUUUUAGCCAGUGAACCACUGUAAUGGUUAUACAUCAGAUCGAUGCCUCCUUGCUCCUGUCUCUCUUUAAAAUUUCCUCUCCUCCCAUGGUAUCCAUGUUACUGCAAYUCUUAGGUUCUCCACAUGGCUCUACCUCUCUUCUUUUGUAGAAGUAGAAGCAAAGAAGCUUGCCAUGUUGGAUGGAAGAAUCAACUUGCAACCAAAUAAAGCAACCAACCAAUCCCAAAUGCCUUUAGCGAAUAGACAGGAGAUUAGUGAGUGAGGCAAGAUUCACCAUUUGCUUUGUUGUCGACAACACACCAUUUGUUGUCGACAACACACCAAUGAGGAGAUGGGCAGGAAUAAGAUCUCCUUUUCUGUAGCAAGUCACAAGUAUUAAUUUUCUCAUGGUAGACCUCCCAAUUGAAAGCUCCUACUCUAGGAGUGGGUCUCCCCCAAAAACAUUUCACUAGAAACGACUUCAACGUGGGCAAAAGAUAAUCUAAGGCCUUUUGAAGAAAGAAACACAAGAGAAGGAUCUGCAAGGGGAGAGGGUCCAAAUUCAGCCAUCAUAUUUAAGUGGAUCCAAGAACACACCACCAAGGAUUUUAAUUAAAUCAAACGGCUGAGAAAUCUCAGUUUCCCUUAGACCCAAAUCUCAGUCAAAACUUGAGAAAACAUCACCAAUAACAUGUUGAUUUAAUUUAACCGAGGACCUUUUAUGUCCUACAUUCAAUGGUCUUAAUAAUGCAAAUAACAGAAGCCUUCAGAGUUGGGCCUCUUUACCAGGGUGUAACAUUCCUUAUCAAAGGGACUCUCCCCUCCUGUUACUGCAGUUUCUUAUCAAAGGCAUCACCGACCUUGUGCUGCAGAGGGUGGUGCAACACUAAUCUAUGGGUUUGGCAUAGUAUUUAUAGAGUUAAAAGAAGCUUCAAUUCUGUCAUCAUUUUCAUUUGUUUAUUCUGCUUCCAUUAUCUAUUUCUGGUAUGUUCGUGUAAACUUUUCAGGCUUCACCUAUCAUGAUUGGGGGGCGUCAAGCUUUUGUUGAGGAGAAGAGAACUACAACUC